AUGGCACCGCAAGCAGUUACUCGGAUCUCACCUGAUAUUCCAAAAUCCCAAACAGCAAUUCUUCAAAUCGAUGGCGGGAUCCUGGAGAUCAUUACCGGCGUUCCCCUUCCACGUGUCCCCCCAAAUCGGAUGCUAGUAAGGGUCGUCGCAGUGGCUCUUAACCCAUGCGAUUACAAAAUGCCAUAUCGAUUCCCUGCCAAGGGGGUUGUAAAUGGAACAGAUUACGCAGGGAUAAUUGUGGCGAUUGGCCCAGAAGUUUCAAAACUAGCAUCCAAGCCGAAUUGGAAAAUUGGAGAUGCCGUUUUCGGUGCUUGUCAGGGAGCCAAUCCCAUCGAUCCCGAAUCUGGUGCUUUUGCGCAGUACCUUCGAGCUGAUCCGGAGCUCCUUUUCAAGAAACCGGAGUAUAUGUCUUGGGAAACUGCCGCCUGUUUUGGAUCUAGUGGGCUUGCAACUCUCGGCUUGUCACUUUUCUGGGAGGGGGGUAUGGGGCUUUCAGGAUCACCGGACGAACCUGCCGAAGAGCCAGAACAGGUUCUGGUUUAUGCUGGAAGCACUUCCAUUGGAACACUAGCUACCCAACUUCUCAGAAUUUACGGACACAUCCCAAUUGCGACCUGCUCUCCAAAGAAUUUCGACCUCGUGAAAUCAUACGGUGCAGAAAUGGUUUACGACUACAAGUCACCAACAUGUGCUGAAGAUAUCAAAGCCUAUACUGAGAAUUGCCUCGAGCUCGUGCUGGACCCAAUGACUGAGGCAAAAACUCAAAGGCUUUGCUAUCAAAGCAUUGGAAGGGCAGGUGGAAAAUAUAUUGCUUUAGAAAUGUGGCAACCAUUGAAUCACACCAGACCGACUGUGGAACCGACAUUCGUUAUGGGCUCAUCAAUCAUUGGAAACAGGAUCCCAUUAGACGACGGAUACGGAAGCGAAGCUGACCCAGAGAAACGAGUUUUUGGUAUUAAGUAUUAUCGAGAGAUCCAGAAGCUAUUUGAUGCCAAGAAACUCAAAUCACAUCCAGUAAGGGUUGUUCCUGGUGGAUGGCAAGGCGUUCUUGACGGGAUUGAUUUGCUUAGGACAAGGACUUUGUCAGCCCAGAAACUUGUUGUCUUUUUAGGCUCUCCUUGA